AUGCCAGACCCUAUAACAACAACUCUAGUUGGUGCAUUCGUUAAGCAUGAAUUGGACAAAUACAAGGAUAGAAAAAAAUAUAAAAAAGAAUUAUACCGACUGGUUGCUCGCUUAUUCGCAAGACCCGCCUACGAUGUUAGCUUGAGGGAAGUAGAACAGUUAUUAAACGAAAUAUAUGAAUACAAUCCAGAAAAACCAGACGAAUUUUAUGGCCUUCGUGAACUCGAAAAUUUAUAUAAUCAAAAACGUAACGGAGGAAGUACCCAAACAAAUAAAUUAUAG